AUGGAUUUCGUACAGAGGGUUCUGAAGAGAAUUCCAACUACUUCGCAGCCUGGUCCUCUUGACGAGGUUAAGACGAGGCCAAAGACCAGCUCUAGACUGGCAUUCUUCCGUCGGCCGUUGCGAUUGAAGGGCAACUCGAGCAUUUCGAUACCGCUGGGCGUUGUUCUGCUGUUCCCAUGCAUUGUUGUAGUAUUGAUAUUGGUUCUUUUUGUACGACAUCCCAAAUCUGGAGUUGGGAUCUUAAUGCCCGCUGGAGCACCACCAGCUAUCAGAAAAAUUAGCGAAGAGCACGAUAAGGUCUUUGUGACAGGAUGCUUAGAGCCGGACACCUCGAAACCGAGAGCGAAUGCGGCGUUCGUAGUGUUGGCAAGAAAUAAGGAGCUGGAUGGUGUCAUACAGUCUGUUAAGUCUAUCGAGCGACAUUUCAACCGAUGGUAUCAUUAUCCAUACGUCUUUCUUAACGAUGCGGAGUUCAACUCAACAUUCAAGGAAACGAUUCAGAACUACACAAGUGGCACCGUGGAAUUUGGAUCCAUCGACCCCAAGAUGUGGGGAUUCCCAGACUGGAUCGACCCUAAGGUUGCAAAGGAGGGUAUUGCCAAGCAGGGAGACGCCGCUAUCAUGUAUGGUGGAAUGGAGAGUUACCACGCCAUGUGCAGAUUCUAUUCUGGAUUUUUCUAUAAGCAUGAGCUUUUACAAAAGUACGAGUGGUACUGGCGUCUUGAGCCAGAGAUCAAGUAUUUCUGCGACAUUACCUAUGAUCCGUUCUUGAAGAUGAUCGAAACGAACAAGACCUAUGGAUUUACUAUUGCGGUGAAGGAAUUGAAGGAGACCGUGCCAAAUAUCUUCCGAUACGCAUCUGCAUACAAGCGAAUCAAUAACCUGACCUCACAAGGUCUGUGGGAGAUGUUCGUCGAGCCGCAACCUGAAGAGAAGAAGGAACCUGAAGAUCCCAAGCAUGCUCUCCCAGAGGAAAUUCUCCGUGGUGACCCAUCCCGUGCCUCGCUGCCAGAUAUUGACCCGGAAACCAUGGAGGGAGAAAAAUACAACAUGUGUCAUUUCUGGUCGAAUUUUGAGAUUGCGAAACUCAGUUGGUUCAGGAGUAAAGAAUAUGAGGACUUCUUCCAAAUGAUGGACCGCAGUGGAGGAUUCUGGAUGGAACGGUGGGGAGAUGCUCCAAUUCAUUCACUUGCUGCUGGAGCACUGCUUGCAACUCGUGAUAUUCAUUACUUCAGAGACUUUGGCUACAGACAUACUACCAUCCAGCAUUGUCCUGCAAAUGCUCCUGCACGCCAGUUGCCUCGUAUUCCGUUCCUGGAAACCACUACCACAGAUGAGAAGAAGAGAAGGGAGGAAGACGAGUACUGGGACUCCUGGGACGCCGUCAAGGAGAACGGCGUUGGAUGCAGAUGCAGAUGCGACACGGAUAUUGUGGAUGUUGAGGGCAAGCAAGGCUCCUGCUUAGCCGAGUGGGUGGACGUCGCCGGCGGAUGGGCCAGUCCUUGA